UUUUUUUUAAUAACAAUGAGUGAUUCCUUCCGUAUUGAAAGUGACACCUUCGGUGAAAUCAAAGUUCCUGCCGAUGUCUAUUGGGGUGCCCAAACACAACGAUCUUUAGAAAACUUUGAAAUUGGUGGCGUGCCUGAACGUAUGCCUCUUGAUCUUAUGAAAGCUUUUGCUUUUCAAAAAAAAGCGGCUGCCAUUGUUAAUGUGGAAUUUGGUUUGAAUAAACAAAUCUCUGACGCCAUUGUCCAAGCUGCUGACGAGGUCAUUUCUGGUAAACUGGAUAGACAUUUCCCUUUGUGUACUUUUCAAACUGGAAGUGGAACCCAAUCUCAUAUGAACAUCAAUGAAGUCUUAUCCAAUCGCGCCAUUGAGAUUCUUGGUGGGAAGUUGGGAAGCAAAAACCCUGUGCAUCCUAAUGAUCAUGUCAACAUGAGUCAAUCUUCCAACGAUUCAUUUCCGACUGCAAUGCAUAUUGCUGCCAUCAUCCAAGUCAAUUCAAAAUUACUUCCUGCACUUCAUACUUUAAGAGAUGCUCUGGACGCAAAGGCUAAAGAAUUUGAAUCCAUCAUCAAGAUCGGUCGUACUCAUUUGCAAGAUGCUACUCCUUUAACUCUUGGUCAAGAAUUCUCUGGUUAUGCUCAACAAGUAACUUUUGGUAUUCAACGUGUGGAAGGUACUCUUGAACGUUUAUCCUAUCUUGCUCAAGGUGGAACUGCUGUUGGAACUGGUUUGAAUACAAGAAAAGGAUUUGAUGUCAAGUUUGCCAACAAGGUCUCGGAACUGACAGGAUAUUCAUUCAAGACCGCCAUCAAUAAGUUUGAAGCACUUGCUUGUAAUGAUGCUCUGGUGGAAGCUCAUGGUGCAUUGAAUGUCAUCGCUGUAUCCCUUAUGAAAAUUGCUAAUGAUAUUCGUUAUCUUGGCUCUGGUCCUCGAUGUGGAUAUUCUGAAUUGGAAUUGAAACCUACUGAACCUGGAUCAUCCAUUAUGCCUGGAAAAGUCAACCCAACGAUGUGUGAAGCUGUCACAAUGGUGUGUACUCAAGUCAUGGGAAACAAUACUACUGUUUCAAUUGCUGGAUCCAAUGGUCAAUUUGAACUCAAUGUCUUCAAACCUGUGAUCAUCAAAAAUUAUCUUCAAUCAGUUCAAAUCUUAUCAGAUGUAUGUAAAACAUUUACUAAGAAUUGUGUAGUUGAUAUCAAGGCAAACAAGGAACGUAUUGGUAAUCUUAUGAAGGAAUCACUCAUGCUGGUGACAGCACUCAAUAGUCAUAUUGGCUACGACAAAAGCGCAAAAUGUGCAAAGAAAGCUCAUGCUGAAGGAACAACUCUAAAGACAGCAUCUAUGGAAUUAGGGUAUUUGACUGAAGCACAAUUCGAUGAAUGGGUUGAUCCAUCCAAAAUGUUAGGACCUUCAUAGUUUAGCUUAUUUAACAUUAUUUUCAAUAAACAUUUCGAGCACUUAUUUGGAUUCAAUCUCAGAUGAUUCAUUUUUUGUUUAUAGCUCACUGGGUUAACAAUUCGA